AUGAAGGAGGAAAGCAUGUGCCUGGACUCCCCCGAAGGCAGCCUGGUCACCAGCGAGGAGGAAGGCGAGCGGCUGCACAAGAAAUGCCUCCGCAAGCGAGGCCAGGCGGGCAAGCCGGCGGAGGACGGCGGAGCCCCCUCGCUGCAGGGCAAGCGGAGCAAGCGCAGUCCCGUCCCGCAGUCCUUCGAGGACGUGCACACCCAGCGGGUGAUCGCCAACGUGCGGGAGCGCCAGCGGACCCAGUCGCUCAACGACGCCUUCGCGGAGCUGCGGAAGAUCAUCCCCACGCUGCCCUCCGACAAGCUGAGCAAGAUCCAGACCCUCAAGUUGGCCGCGCGCUACAUAGACUUCUUGUACCAGGUGCUGCAGAGCGAUGAGCUGGACCACAAGAUCACCAGCUGCAACUACCUGGCCCACGAGAGGCUCAGCUACGCCUUCUCCGUCUGGAGGAUGGAAGGGGCUUGGUCCAUGUCCGCGUCCCACUGA